CUUCUAUCUCAAAUCUCAAACAGAGAAUAGUUGUUCUGUUUAUUCAGUUUCUUAAAAACCAGAGAAAGGUCCUGACAGAGUGAGAGACACGUAAAAUGGCAGUGUAUUGUGCUUCUGCUAGUAGUAUCAAGUUUCCAAACUUUCUUCUGCCAAGAAAACAAUGGUUGCAGCUGCACACUCACCAACACCGCUAUAAUCAUUAUUCCUCUCAACUUCAAUUCCAAUUGUCUGGCACUGGCACUGGCAGGUCAAGAACAACACAUCACAAUCACAAAUGCUUCUCCCUGAAGCAGAAGCAAACCGAGUCCGAGUCCACCACCCAACAAGAAGAGAAUGAAGAAUUUAAGUUUGAGCGCCUCUUCUCCAACCUCAACCAAGCUACAUUGAAGAGAGAAGCUGGAAGUCUAACUAGUGCAAUUUUCCUGGUUGCGGGUACCACGGUGGGUGCGGGAAUCCUUGCAAUCCCUGCUGUGACACAAGAAUCUGGAUUUCUAGCCUCUGCAGUUACAUGCAUCCUUUGUUGGGCUUUUAUGGUUGUGACGGGGCUGCUCGUUGCUGAAGUAAAUGUCAACACUAUGCGUGAGCUGGGUUCUGGUGGUGUAUCAUUAGUAUCAAUGGCCAUGAGAACUCUGGGGACAGCAGGAGUUCAAAUUGCUUGUUGGUCUUACAUCUUUAUACAUUAUGCCCUUCUUGUGGCCUAUGUGGCUCGUUCCUCAGAUAUUUUGACAAACUUUCUUGGCAUUCCAUUAUGGGAAAGUGCAACUUUGUUUUCAUUGAUUUUUGGAUGCAUAUGCUACUUCGGAAGCCAGCGCUUUGUUGGUGCCAUUAAUGGAGUUCUUGUAUCUGGAAUCAUCAUUUCUUUUGCAGCUCUUGUGGCUGUUGCAAGUGGAGACCUGCAGUGGGAUGCACUUCUGAAAGCCAACUUUAAAGCGGUUCCUAUGAGCAUACCCAUAAUUGCACUUUCAUUUGUUUACCAGAAUGUAGUACCUGUUAUUUGUGCGGAUCUUGAAGGAAACCUGUCAAAAGUAAGGACUGCCAUAGUUCUAGGCACAGCAAUACCGCUUGUUUUAUUUCUUGUCUGGAAUGCUGUUAUUCUGGGAAGCAUUACAAAUAAUGCCAUGGGCUCAGGUAAUAUCAUGGACCCAUUACAGCAACUGCAAUCUACCAAUGGAGUUGUUGGACCUAUUAUUCAAGUGUUCUCACUUCUUGCAAUUGCUACAUCAUAUAUUGGAUUUGUUUUGGGUCUGGCUGACUUUCUUGCAGACUUGCUGAAACUCCCAACGGGAGAGAGCCGGCCUCUACCAUAUCUCUUGACUUUGAUUCCUCCACUGGCACUAUCUUUGCUGGACCCGGAAAUAUUUUUCAAAGCCUUGGAUUUUGCUGGAACAUAUGGAGUAUUGGUACUGUUUGGAGUUCUCCCUGCAGCAAUGUCCUGGUCAGAAAGGUACUCAAAUUCAUCCCCAUCUAUGAAACUGCCACAACUGGUUCCAGGAGGAAGGGUAACUCUUUCACUCAUCAUUGGAGGGGCAGGAUGUGUUGUUUUGUCAGAAAUACUUGAGAACUUUGGGCACCCCUAGUAUCAAGAAUGAGAAUAAUUUUGUUGGAUAUGAUCAUUGGAAGCCUUGAAAAGCCUAUACUUAGAGUUAGUUAUGUCCAACUUGAUUAUCAUUCACUUCUAUUUUUUCCAAAAGCAAAUGAGAGCCUUGCACCAUAUUGUUCGGCCUGGUCUACACCCUGUCUUUGUAUAUUUUGCUACCAUAAAGGAAGUCUUUUAUAGUGAGUUUAUAUUUCUGACUUUGACAUGGAGAGAUUAAUAUAGCACAGGUAACCAAAGAGCUUCCCCUUUUCA